AUGAGUGAUCCAGAACCCUGCAGAAUGAAACACACUGAAGAUACUGAAGAACAAAGAGAGCUGAUGGAAGUGAAGGAGGAGAGUGAAGAUCUGAGUGAAGUGGAGGAGAAACAUCAUGACAAACCUGGAGAAAAACCUUUGAGUCGCUCAAAGACUAAAAAGACAUUUUUAAAGAAAAGAAGAGCCAAGACAUCUACAAACUGCACUCAGUGUGGAAAGAGUUUCUCAACCAAACAAAGUCUUAAUGUUCACAUGAGAAUUCAUACUGAAGAGAAGCCGUUCACAUGCGAUCAAUGUGGGAAGAGGUUCUCAGUAAAACAAUAUCUUGAGCGUCACACGAGAGUUCACACCGGAGAGAAGCCGUUCACAUGUGAUCAGUGUGGGAAGAGUUUCAGUGAAUCUGCACACCUUAAAGAACACAUGAUGAUCCACACUGGAGAGAAGCCGUUCACAUGUGAUGAAUGUGGGAAGAGCUUCAUACGAAAAGUACAUCUUAAGGAUCACAUGAGAGUUCACACUGGAGAGAAGCCACACACAUGCCAUCAAUGUGGGAAGAGUUUCAGACACUCAUCAACCCUUAAAAAACACAUGAGGAUCCACACUGGAGAGAAGCCGUACGCAUGUGAUCAAUGUGGUAAAACAUUUGUUGGGUCAUCAAACCUGAAGAGACACCUGACAGUUCAUAUGAAGGAGAAGCCAUAUCCAUGUUAUUUAUGUGGAAAGAGUUUUUCACGGCUGCAAUAUUUACAUGAACAUCAGAAAAUUCACACUGGUGUGAGAGAGUACAUGUGCUUUGACUGUGAGAAGAUAUUCAGUCGGUUAGGACAUCUGAAAACACACAAGAUGAUCCACACUGGAGAUAAACCUUACAUGUGUUCACACUGUGACAUGAGAUUCAGUCAGUCAUCAAAUCUGAAAACACAUGAGAUGAUCCACACUGGAGAGAAGCCGCACACGUGUGAUCAGUGCGGAAAGAGUUUCUAUAAUAAAAGUUACCUGAAGAUACACAUGAAGAUCCACACUGGAGAAAAACCUUACACUUGUUCAUACUGUGACAAGACAUUCAGUGAUUCAUCAUCUCUGAAAAGACAUGAGAUGAUCCACACUGGAGAAAAACCGUACAAGUGUUCACACUGUGACAAGAGAUUUAGUCGGUCAUCACAUCUGAAAACACAUGAGAGGAUCCACACUGGAGAAAAACCUUACAAGUGUUCACACUGUGACAAGAGAUUCAGUCAGUUAGCAGCUCUGAAAACACAUGAGAGGAUCCACACUGGAGAAAAACCGUACAAGUGUUCACACUGUGACAAGAGAUUCAAUCAUUUAGCAGCUCUGAAAACACAUGAGAGGAUCCACACUGGAGAAAAACCUUACAAGUGUUCACACUGUGACAAGAGAUUCAAUCAGUUAGCAGCUCUGAAAUCACAUGAGAAGAUCCACACUGGAGAGAAGCCGCACACGUGUGAUCAGUGUGGAAAGAGUUUCUCUAUUAAAAGUGACCUGAAGAUACACAUGAAGAUCCAUGCAGUAGAGAAACCACAUCACCACAGUCUGAAAUGAAGUAGUUCAUCUUCAUGUGCUGAACAAGAAAAUCUCUUCUGUGUAAGUCACAGCCAAAUCUGUCCUCUCUAGCUUUAGUUGGCCCCAUGGGAGACAUUUGACUGUUGAGGUGUGUGUGUUGGGGGCAACUGGUGAUGA